AUGGUUCUCAAGGCUGGUGACAAGUUCCCCGAGGGUGUCAAGUUUGGAUGGGCUCCUAUCCUUGACGAGGAUCCGACUGUUUGCGGUAUCCCUCAGCUGUACGAUGCCAACAAGGAGUGGGCUGGGAAGAAGGUCGUUAUUGUCGCCGUCCCUGGAGCUUUCACCCCCAGCUGCUCCGCCUACCACCUCCCUCCCUACGUCCAAAAGUUCCAGGAGCUCAAGUCCAAGGGCGUCGACAUUGUCGCCUUUAUCGCCAACAACGACGAGUUUGUGCUCAACGGAUGGGGCAAGGUCAACCAGGUCCCCAAGGGCGAUGACUUCGUAUGUUGCAAUUCAGGGAGAGCAGUGGAAGAUCAGAACGAAUGGCUAAUCAAACACAACAGCNUCAUGCUCUCUGACAGCAAGACCUUCUUCUCUGAGAACUACGGCUGGCAGGCUGGCCCCAACAAGGGUGACCGCACUGGUCGCUGGGCCAUGAUUGUCGAGAAGGAUGGCAGCAUUAGCUACGCCGAGAACGAGAAGCACCUUCAGGAUGUUGAGGUUUCCUCUGUCGAGGCCGUCCUCAAGCAGCUUUAG